AUGGCAAACGACGACGCGACAGCCAGCAACGGCUCUACCAACCAGCCCGUGGUCGCUGUGUUUUGCGGCGCCUCCAGUGGUACAUCACCAGUCCACAUGGAGGCAGCAAGGUCGCUUGCACAUGCCCUCCACAAAGCAAACACCAAGCUCGUAUACGGUGGCGGCACGGUUGGCCUCAUGGGUGAGGUAGCACGAACCCUUGUUUCGCUGUCCGGUCCCGACUCUGUUCACGGCAUCAUCCCCGCCGCUCUCACUCGACUCGAGCAAAAUCACGACCCUUCCAAUCCUACCGGCCACUCCAUCGACUCGGCAAUAUACGGACGCACUACUGUCGUCAAAGACAUGCACACGCGAAAGCAGAUGAUGGCUCAAGAAGUCGUCAAGGGAGGACCAGGUGGCGGCUUUGUUGCUCUACCUGGAGGCUACGGCACAUUCGAAGAGUUGAUGGAAGUCACCACUUGGAAUCAAUUGGGCAUCCACAGCAUGCCUGUGAUAGUCUACAACGUGGAUGGCUACUGGAGCGGCCUUAUUGAGUGGGUCAAGAAUGCUGUGACCAACGGCUUUAUUGCACCCACCAAUGCCGGAAUUCUCUCCGAGGCUCUUAGUGCUGAUGAGGUGAUGACAUGUCUGAAGGAGUAUGAAAAUGCACCUGGACGGUUCAACCUGACCUGGGAGGAGCAGUAA